AUGGUAACCACCGCCUCUCCGGAUACUUAUCAUCGGGUGAUAGAGUAUGGCUUGCGGAAAACCUCGCUGCGGUUCGACCGUCUGUUGUUACAGGCCUUCAUGGCUGGGGUGUACAUUGGCCUGGCUGGCCAAGCGUGCAACAUGUUUGCCGGGGGCAUGCCAACCGACCCUACAGACACGCGGGCAGUCUCGAAGACGAUGCAGAAGUUCAUGUAUGCCUCGAUUUUCCCAACGGCCUUCAUUGCAAUCAUUUUCACAGGGGCAGAGCUCUUCACGGGGAACACGAUGACCAUGUUGAUCUGCUUGAUCGAGCGUCGCAUCACAUUCUUGCACUUGGUGAUAAACUGGGUGGGGUCGUUCAUUGGCAACUGGGCUGGGGCCCUCUUUGGUGCGUAUUUCCUUUCGUAUCUCCCGGGUGGCUACGAUCAGGAGCCCCUUUAUAGCUACAUGUGCUAUGUGCAGCACGCGAAGGUUAGCUAUGGAUUUGGCCAGUGCUUUUUGAGGGGCAUUGGCUGCAACGCCCUAGUGUGCCUUGCCGUUUGGAAUGUAACGGCUUGCGAUGAUCCGGCGAGUAAGAUUUUGUCCCUGUGGUUCCCCAUUGUUUCGUUUUGUGUCGCUGGUUACGAGCACAUCAUUGCUAAUUUUUAUACCCUGCAGCUGACGCUCAUGAUGGGCUGCCCCGAGUCUGUGGGCACUGUCGUGGUACAAAAUUUCAUACCGACAUUCUUGGGUAACAUGGUGGGGGGAUGCGUGCUCAUCGGAGCCGUCUACUGGUAUAACUUUUACCCCAUCGAGGAAGUCGGCAACAAGCAUGUCACAAUGGGGCCUGGUGGUUUCACAGGAGAUGGGGAAAACGAGUUCCCAAUCUCGAGGGUACACUCAAGGGCUUCCGUUUCGCCAUCCAUUAUCGGGUUGGGGGCGAAGCAGAGCACCGCAUUUGGAGGGGCCCCUUCGCAGACGCAAUGGGCAAACUUUGACCACGCAAGGACCCACUCUGAAAGCAUGAGCAACGUGGGGAGUGCAGCUGGAGGCGUGGCAGCAACCGGAGGGGCCUUCCGCACUUCCGUCUUCCCCAAGCCCAAAAGCGAUCACGGGGACGAUCCCCCCCAGCCUGCACCCUAG